ACGGAUCGAGGGCAGGAGGAGGAGAUCGCCGGCAAAGUGAGGGCGGCGGCACAUGGCACAUGGCACAUGGCCGCGGGCCAGCCUGUCUCUGUACGCUCUCAUUCCUUCGUACCAAGGCCAGUUGACUCGGGCGCGACCGAAGCAGCACGAUCUCUCUUCUUGCUUUGUUGGUGAUCAAUAACGUGGACACUGGUCGGUGGUGGCGACCACGCGUCGACGGCCAACCUCGACCGUGGCGGGCCCCGGCCGCCGUCCACCACCCGGGCCGACCAUGGGAAGGCAACAACAGCUACUACACCUACACCAGUGAGAGUGGUGGCCGGAGCGGCGCCACAGCAACAGCUAGGACCUACUAGUACAAAGGGUGAGCCAGCCACUGGUAAUGGCCUCUUCCCCUCCUCCGCCUCCCCGCUGCUCCUGCUCGCUUCCUGCCCUGCAAUGGCGGCUCUCCUCCUCCUCUCCUCCGCCGCUCGGGUUGGCGUGGCUGCGCCACUGGCGCUGAGGCAGCAGCGCCCGGUGGUGCUGCCCGGUGGCCAGCUCCGCACGGGAAGCGGCGCCGGCGCAGCGUCGGCGUGGGCGGCGCGCCCUCUCCGGCCGGAGCUCGCCGCGGUCUCCCGCCCCGCCGUCCCCGCCCGCGGCAGGGCGCCUCUGUUCCGGCCUCGCGCAUGGAUGGCGUCGUCUCAGAUUGCCAGCUCCGCCUUCACCUGGGGCACCAUCGCCGUCCUCCCUUUCUACACUCUCAUGGUCGUCGCCCCCAACGCCGACGUCACCAAGCGUGCCGUGGAUAGCAGCGCGCCGUACGUCGCCCUCGGCAUCCUCUACGCCUACCUGCUCUACCUAUCCUGGACUCCCGACACCCUACGCGCCAUGUUCGCCAGCAAGUACUGGCUCCCCGAGUUGACGGGGAUCGUCAGGAUGUUCGCCAGCGAGAUGACCGUCGCCUCCGCCUGGAUCCACCUCCUAGCCGUCGACCUCUUCGCCGCAAGGCAGGUGUACCAUGACGGCAUCAAGAACAACAUAGAGACCAGGCAUUCGGUUUCUCUGUGCCUGCUCUUCUGCCCAAUUGGGAUCGCGACUCACGUUCUGACUAAGGUACUGGCGGGUUCAAUUGGUCGCUCACAUUGAUCGAUUGUAUGUAGGUUCAUAUUGCUUAGAUGGUGUAUUUUUAUGUGAUUCAUAUAUGAAUAAAAUUUAUUCAAUUAACUAUGUGUUACAUCGAGUUCAA